AUGGCGCCCGCAAACGAGUACGUCAGCGGCGGCGGGAAGCUGAAGAUCAAGGGCGCGCCGGUGCUUGAGGGGCGGGUUGGGAAGAAGGGGAACAAGAAGCGGAAGAAGGAGAAGGAGAGAGGAAAGGUCAAGGAGGGCGCGAAUGAGGGGCCCAAUGGGAGUCGUGAUGAAGGAGCGGAUGGGAUGCGGAUGAAAAGCGGUGAAGGGGAGGGUGCGGUGAGGUCGGAUGGGGAUUGGGAUGGGAGUCGGAGUCGAAGUCGGAGUCGAAGUCGAGGUGUGAGUGAGGGUUUCGACAAGGCUGUGGUGAACAAGACGGAGGCGGAGAGAAGGUAUGAGGAGGCGAGACGGAAGAGGCUCGACGAACGCCUCAAGCGCGAAGGCUUCAAGACACAUAAGGAGCGCGUGGAGGAGUUGAACAGGUAUCUCAGUAAUCUGAGCGAGCAUCAUGACAUGCCCCGAAUCGGACCGGGUUAA